AUGGCUGAAGCAGAGCGAAUUCGUAACGAUAGGCCUAUCAUGCGUGUGAGUAAUGACCCAAAAGACCCACCGGCCCUUACACCAAAUAGGCUUCUGCUAAUGAGAUCGAAUGCCUGCCUUCCGAGAGUGAUGUUCAAGAAGGAAGAUUCUUACUCACUAAAGAGCAAGAGCAUCACCAAGAACCAUAGCAUUAUAUUUGACUUGGAGAGACUGAAAGAUCCAGAGAUAGCAGAGGCUUUGAAGAAAAAGUACGAACCCUGUGAUGACAUGAGCGUUUUUAUGAAGAAAAUUCUUCAGUCGGAGAAUAUGUAUACAUACCUAUCCUCUGCAGACAGAGUUGAGAAUCAAUGCAUUCUCCGACGAGUGGGCAGGUUUAUCAUCGAUAGUAUAAAUAUUGACCAGGAAAACCCAUAUGGCCAAGGCAGCGUAACAAAUGACGUCGACAUCAAGAAAACAGAGAACGCCCUGCAUUUGUUUAUAUAUGCAAUUUUGUUUGAAAGUGAAGAGAAGGCACAAACGAGGUUAAGUGACUGCGAUGAUCCGAUAGGUGCAGCAUUGAUUGCAAGUUCGCUGCUAAAGACAAUUUCCAAAUUGGCAAACAGGGAUGCGGAAUUGGACUUGGCAACCAAUGUGCUGAAAAACGCCAGGGAGUACGAACAAAAAGCAUGCGACAUGUUGAGUACAUAUUUCCAUCGCAAUCGGACAGGUGCCUACACGUUCCUUAUUCACAAGUUUCAUGAACCGUUUAGCUCAAUCAACGCAUUGGAAUUGGCCAACGCCAACCACUUGAAGAACUUUAUGGCACACACAUGUUGUCAAACUAAACUCAACGCGGUCUGGAGAGGGAAAAUGGCGACAUAUACUCCGUGGUGGCAGAUCGUGAUCGCCCUUUUUCUUCCUAUCUUUGUGAAAACAAUCAAGUUUACGCCUGAGAAAUCUCAGGAUGCAGGCGACAGCUUUGGCACAUUUGAUGAUUUGUAUCACUUGUAUACUGCUCCUAUAUCGGUAUUUGCAACAAAUACUAUAUCGUUUCUGAUUUUCGUGGGACUGUGUUCAUACUUCGUGCUUGUGGAGUUGGAAGUACGUGUCACUCUUUUAGAGUAUGUUAUCUGGGGCUGGGCAUUGACGUUACUGUUCGAAGAGUUCAGACAGUUAAUCAGCAGUGAUGGGAGCAUAGCAAGAAAACUCCGAUACUGGUUUGCUUCUUACUGGAACCAAUACGACUUGGCUAUGUUCAUUGUUGGUGUUGCUGCUAUUAUUGUGAGAUUGACUGUAAAUGGGGAUGACGAAUUCGACUCUGUUCGAUAUUUGUAUAGUAUAACAGUGGCAAUGUUUUACGUACGCUCUCUGCAGAGCUUCCUCGUAGAAGAGAACUUAGGGCCGAAAAUUAUCAUGCUAGGAAAGAUGAUUAUCGAUCUGAUAGUGUUCGUGCGUGUGUUCCUGAUAUUCGUUCUUAGCUUCGGGAUCAUGUACACUGCAAAUCUUUUUCCAAACUCACGACUAUCGCUACAACUUUUGAAAAGGAUCUUCUACGUGCCAUACUGGCAGAUUUAUGGGGAAAAUUUCUUAGAAUUCCUUGAAGGUGAUGAUAAUGGUUGCACCAGAAAUGAAAGUGUUUGGCGUGAUACUGGUGAUAUGAGAUGCCCUGAAUCCAAUGUCCUGGUCCCAGUUCUGGGAGGAUUGUACAUGUUUCUGACAAACAUUCUUUUGAUCAACCUCUUGAUUGCUAUGUUCAGGUAA